AGUCGUGACUCGUGACUCGUGAGCAACUCAUCCAAGAGAGAGCAAUGGAUGAUGCCGUGGAGCUAUCAUGGGGGGCGCGGUGCUUGGGGCUGGCCUUCUUCAGCCUGUCCAUCUUCUCGGUGGCGCUCGGCGCGGUGCUCCUGCUCGUCCGCCGGUGGCCCAACCCCUGGUGCGGCUGUCACGUGUGCCGGGCUUACCUCACGGGGUCGUGGGCCAAGGAGUUCACCAACCUCGCUGACUGGUACGCGCACCUGCUGCGCGAGUCGCCGACGGGCACCGUCCAGGUCCACGUCCUCGGCUGCACCGUCACCGCCAACCCGGCCAACGUCGAGUACAUGCUCAAGACCCGCUUCGACAACUUCCCCAAGGGCAGGCGCUUCGCCGCGCUCCUCGGCGAUCUCCUCGGCGGUGGCAUCUUCAACGUCGACGGCGACGCCUGGCGCCACCAGCGCAAGAUGGCCAGCCUCGAGCUCGGCAGCGUCACCGUGCGCUCCUACGCCUACAAGAUCGUCGCCCAGGAGGUGGAGACGCGCCUCCUGCCGGUCCUGGCUGACGCCGCCGACAAGGGCAAGGUUGUCGACCUCCAGGACGUGUUCCGGCGGUUCGCCUUCGACACCGUCUGCAAGAUCUCCUUCGGGCUGGACCCGGGCUGCCUCGACCUCGACAUGCCCAUGUCGGACCUAGCCAACGCGUUCGACGCCGCCUCGCGGUUCUGCGCCAUGCGGGGCGCCGCGGCCUCGCCGUUGGUGUGGAAGAUGAAGCGGAUGCUCAACAUUGGGUCCGAGAGGGAGCUUAAGAAGGCCAUCAAGCUCGUCGACGACCUCGCGUCGGCCAUGAUUCUGCAGCGGCGGAGUCUGGGUUUUGACAACAGCCACGACCUCCUGUCCCGCUUCAUGGCCUCGGACGUCGCCAUGGACGACAAGUAUCUCCGCGACAUCGUCGUCAGCUUCCUUCUCGCCGGGCGGGAUACGGUCGCCUCCGCGCUUACCACGCUCUUCAUCCACCUGCACAAGAACCCUGAAGUCGCGGCUGCCAUUCGCGCGGAGGCCGGCGGCGAGAAGCCGUCCACCUAUGAGCAUCUGAUGAGCCUGCAUUAUACCCACGCAGUGCUGUUCGAGAACAUGCGGUUGUUCCCGCCGGUGCAGUUCGACUCCAAGUUCUGCGCCGCCGCCGACGUGCUCCCGGACGGCACCUACGUGGACGGCGAGUCACGCGUGAUGUACCACCCGUACGCCAUGGGACGCAUGCCGAGCAUCUGGGGAGCCGACUACGAGAAGUUCCGCCCCGACCGGUGGCUCACCGGACCCGGCGGUUCGUUCGCGCUGGUGAACCUGUACAAGUACCCGGUGUUCCAGGCCGGCCUCCGCGUGUGCCUCGGCAAGGAGCUCGCCAUAACUGAGAUGAAGGCGGUCGGCGUGGCCGUGGUGAAGGCGUUCGACGUGGACGUGGUCGGAGAGAACGGCCGUAGGGGCUGGGCGCCGACGUUUGUGCCGGGGCUCACGGCGUCCAUCAGCGGCGGGCUCCCAGUGAGGAUCAAGCGCGCUUCGAUGCAGACCGCAGAGUAGUUUUUAGCGUGCGUGCAUUAAUUGAUGCUUGAUUCACAGUUUUUUUUGAAAGUACGCUUAGGCGUACCAUAGCUUUAUAGAAGGCAGAAAUGAAAUUACAAGAAGCUACCACUCGUUACGAACAACGAGCGUAGCACACACCACACCACUCACGACCAAGAUUACAAGCGGACAACACCGCAAAGCAAGCUACAACACAGAAGAGCCUAUCCUCAGCUGACACACACACCGCAUCUCGACCGACGCCGGACACCUCCGAAGACCACCACUUUCCAUAGAACAUCGCUUGUCGACGCACCAUCCACUCUGAGCGCCUAAGAGGAAAUGGCAAGUGGAAGGCGGGACUUGCUCCGAUCUAAGAGAAGCACCUUCUUGAAGACACCAGCGAUGAGCGUACAUAGCGCCGCAAAGAAUCAACAGAGGACAGCGGUGAACACCGAAGGAGAGCAAUAAGAACCCGACCAUGUCUCCACACACAAAGCUCCCAACAGAGAUACAACGUCGAGGACGCCGCGAAUGUGUCGAUCCAACAUCGAAUCGAGGCUUUCGCCCGGAGACAUCCACCAACUCCAAGUGAGCGAGGGGCAUGGCGCACACACCUCGGCGACGCCUUCAAGAAGGAAAUGACACCCACAGGUGCCAUCGCCACCGGCCCGGCAUAAGCCAAGCAGGAUUUUCAUCCGCGGAAACGCACAUCACCACGCCUCCUGGAAAUGGGCUACACCUUCCAAUUUGCCUCGCACAGCCGCCACCGCAACUCUAAGUCGAAGUAGCCGCAAAGCUGAGGACCGACGACCCGCUGCAUGACCAAGAAGAACCCGGCCACCGCACCAACUCCCAGCCUGAACAAGAGACUGCAGCCACCCCCACCUCCGGCAGGGUCCAUGACCGUCCGCAACUGCCUACACCCACUCCAAAGGCUGGCCUUGCGACGGACGGACCCGCUCCUCCACGAAGAACCAAGCCGCGCCACCGAGAGAGCCC